AUGGCCUUCAGGUGUUCUGAGGUACAUGUUCUGGGACCCGGUGAAGUUUUAAAUUCAUUACGAAUAUUACUGAUUGUUAGAAACCGAAUAUUACUGGUUAUCGACUGGUGCUCGUUUUAUCGAGUAAUGCGGCGUGUUAUCUAUACAUUAGUGCUAUGGGCAUAUCUUUUUGUGGAGGGCGAUGAACAUGAUCAUCUAUAUCGUGAUGGUGAAGAGAUUGUGUUAUGGAUGAACACAGUUGGUCCAUACAAUAAUCGGCAAGAAACCUACGCAUAUUUUUCACUGCCUUUCUGCCGAGGGUCGAAGCACUCAAUCAGUCAUUAUCAUGAAACAUUGGGAGAAGCACUCUUGGGCGUUGAACUUGAUUACUCGGGAUUGGAUAUCAAAUUUAAAGAAAAUGUGGAAAAAAUGGAAUUUUGUAAGAAAACCCUUAGCGAAGAGGACUACAAGCAAUUCGUUUAUGCGGUGCGAAAUAAUUAUUGGUAUCAGAUGUAUCUUGAUGAACUGCCUAUGUAUGGUAUGGUCGGUGAAAUCGACUCAUUAACAACUCCACCAAAUUAUCGACUUUUCACACACAAAAAACUAGAAAUUGGUUAUAAUGGGAAUCAAAUUGUGGACAUUAAUGUGACCUCAGAUGUGCGCGUCGCAUUGGCACCUGGUGCGUCCAUCUCUUUUACAUAUGAAGUUGUUUGGAAAUUUUCUAAUAUUGAAUUUGAUAAACGGUUCGAGAAAUAUCUGGAUCCAACUUUCUUCCAACACAGAAUACACUGGUUCUCCAUUUUCAAUUCAUUCAUGAUGGUAAUCUUUCUGGUUGGGUUGGUCUGGAUGAUACUCAUGCGAACACUGAGGAAAGAUUAUGCUCGUUAUCAAAAAGAUGAAGAUCUUGAUGACAUGGAGCGUGAUCUAGGUGAUGAAUAUGGUUGGAAGCAGGUGCAUGGAGAUGUGUUUAGAAUACCAUCGUUUCCAAUGCUUUUUUCAUCGUUGGUUGGUACUGGGUAUCACGUGUUUACAGUUGCAAUAAUCACUAUUAUUCUUGCUAUUGUAGGCGAAUUUUAUACGGAAAGAGGGUCAUUGUUGAGUGCUGCUAUUUUUGUAUAUGCUGCAGCUUCUCCAGUGAAUGGCUUUACUGGUGGGUCGAUGUACGCUCGGUUUGGUGGCAAGAAGUGGAUACGUCAAAUGGUAUUUGGUGCAUUCCUUUUACCAUCUUUGGUAUCAUCUGUGGCAUUCUUGGUCAACAUUGUCGCGAUAUCAUACCAUGCGUCAAGAGCCAUCCCGUUCACAAUUAUGCUUGCCGUCACAGCUAUUUGCUUAUUUGUCAUUCUUCCAUUAACUUUAGUAGGCACUGUACUCGGACGCAAUGUGAAAGGACAGAGUAACAAUCCUUGUCGAGUAAAUGCUGUGCCACGUCCAAUUCCGGAUAAGAAAUGGUUUCUGGAACCUUCAUUGAUUAUUCUUCUUGGUGGUAUUUUGCCGUUUGGUUCCAUCUUUAUUGAAAUGAGAUGGACCAGCUUUCUGGCAGGAGCAUCUACAUCUUUCUACGUCUAUCUUUACUCAGUUUAUUACUUCUUGUUCAAGACAAAGAUGUAUGGGCUUUUCCAAACUGUAUUCUAUUUCGGGUAUAUGGGUUUGUUUAGUGCAGCCCUUGGACUUAUGUGUGGCACUAUUGGCUACUGGGCUGCUGCAAAAUUUAUUCAUAAAAUUUAUUCAACAGUUAAAAUUGACUAG